GUCAUUUUUUAUAAAAAAUGCCGCAAAAUUUUUUACAAGAAACGGUAUCUGUUACCCCAAAAUGCAUUAGACUUUUUUGUUCCCCCUUCCCCAAAAUCCCAAAAUUUGACAAGAAAUCUUUCUUUUUUCCCUCCUUUCUUUUCCCAAAAUCGGUUCCCUCCCCCUCCCAAAGAAAUCCUAAAAUUUCACUUGAAAUUUCUUCUCUUUUUUUCCCCAUUUUAUUUUUCCCAAACCAUUUCUCCCCUACCCCGAUUCCCUUUAUUUUUUCCCCCAAUUUCCCCAAAUCGGCAGGCCUCUGCAUCUCCGUCGGUAGUCCGCUGCUGUAUCUCUGUCGACAUCUGCUGUCAAGUAUAUUGAAAGAGGACCUAAGAGUAUACCGUCUGCAAAACAUGGAGGGUAAUGGCAAUGAACAACCAAAAUGUCAAAGAAGUUUUGAUCAUCGUGGGAGGAAGAAUAAUUGCUGGGAGUUUGUUAUCCAGAUUUUAUUGUUUAGAGAAAGAGAAAUGGUUGGAAGUAAUGAAAUCAACCUCAACGAGUGCAAGUCAAGAGGCUUAACUAGAGAUGGUACCGGAGUUCAUGACAGCAUUGUAAACCAGCUGCUUACCAAGAUAGAUGGAGUGGAGUCUCUAAAUAAUGUUUUGCUUAGUGGAAUGACCAACAGAAAUGAUCUGCUUGAUGAAGCCCUUUUGAGGCCAGGUCGUUUGGAGGUUCAAGUUGAGAUAAGUCUUCCUGACGAAAAUGGUCAUUUGCAGAUUCUUCAGAUUCAUACAAACAAGAUGAAAGAGAAUUCUUUUCUUGCUCCUGAUGUUAACCUUCAAGAGCUUGUGUGACUGUGGCAGAGAGCAAAGUCAACAGUGGUGGUGGCAGAAGGGGAUUAGACGGCACACCUGUCUACGUGGAGAAGCGGCGCAAGGGAGGCUAGGGUUUCUUUUGUUUUACUAAAAAUAUUUAGGCUUUUGGGCCACUUGGGCCAUUAGGGUUCUAAAUUUUUUUGGGCUUUGUAAUUUAGGCAAUAGGUUUUGUUUGUUUUUAUUUUCGUCUGUUUUUUGUUUAGGCUGGCUGGCUUGGUUUAUUUAGGUUGAUUGGUUUGGUUUAUUUAGGUCCAGGCUAAAUUGACUUGUUACAUAUUUGAUUGAUUAUAAUUGCUCUGACAACGAAUGUGACAUCUUGUAACUCGAAUCUAGCGACUGAGUCACGUAUAGGGUGUUUCAAAUACCAAAUAUCACAAGAAAUUUAACUUUUUCAAAAA